CCACUGAGUACCACCUUGGCCUGCUGAAGGCAAAGCUUGCAAAAUACAGAGCUCAGUUGCUAGAACCCUCCAAAUCCUCAGCCGCUAAAGGAGAAGGCUUCGAUGUGAUGAAAUCUGGAGAUGCCCGGGUGGCGCUGAUCGGUUUUCCCUCUGUGGGUAAGUCCACGUUCUUGAGUUUAAUGACCUCAACUGCCAGCGAAGCUGCGUCUUACGAGUUCACAACCCUGACGUGUAUCCCCGGGGUCAUAGAAUACAAAGGAGCCAAUAUUCAGCUGCUGGAUCUGCCUGGAAUCAUCGAAGGAGCAGCACAAGGGAAGGGCAGAGGUCGGCAAGUGAUAGCUGUGGCCAGGACAGCAGACGUUGUUAUUAUGAUGCUGGAUGCCACAAAGGGCGAAGUGCAGAGGGCUCUGCUGGAGAAAGAACUGGAAUCUGUAGGAAUCCGCCUGAACAAAAGCAAGCCAAAUAUCUACUUCAAGCCGAAGAAGGGUGGAGGUAUCUCCUUCAACUCAACUGUCACGUUGACUCAGUGCUCCGAGAAAUUGGUGCAACUCAUCCUCCAUGAAUAUAAAAUCUUCAAUGCUGAGGUCCUCUUCAGAGAGGAUUGUUCCCCUGAUGAGUUCAUUGACGUGAUUGUAGGCAACAGGGUCUACAUGCCGUGCCUCUACGUUUAUAACAAGAUUGACCAGAUAUCUAUGGAGGAAGUAGAUCGUCUUGCUCGGAGACCCCACAGUGUUGUAAUCAGCUGUGGCAUGAAACUGAACCUGGACUACUUGCUGGAGAAGCUCUGGGAAUACCUGGCACUUACCUGCAUCUACACCAAGAAACGAGGACAGAGACCAGACUUUACAGAUGCCAUUAUUCUACGGAAAGGAGCCUCUGUGGAGCAUGUGUGCCAUCGAAUUCAUAGAUCGUUAGCCAGCCAGUUCAAAUAUGCCUUGGUGUGGGGGACAAGCACAAAAUACAGCCCUCAAAGAGUGGGCUUAACCCAUAUGAUGGAGCAUGAAGAUGUCAUUCAGAUUGUAAAGAAAUAACCUUUUCUUUGCGGGUGCCUGGCCUUGUCUUUAAUCACUAGAAUUGGAACUGACCACGUAAAAGCAAAACAAAACAAAA